UUGAGUCAGUCAGUCUGUCGGAGUCGGUCCGCGGAGCAGGCGUCUGCGAGAGACUCCGGAGAGCCCAACUGUCCGAUCGUUUUCUGCUUUCCCCCCUCCCUCUCUCCCGCCCCACAUCUCUUCUUGAUCCCUGUCCAGCCCUCGCUGUCGCAGCCAUGGCAGAGUCGUCGGCGGCCACUCAGUCCCCGUCCGUCUCCUCGUCGUCCUCCGGGGCCGAGCCGUCCGCGCCCGGCGGUGGCGGGAGCCCGGGAGCCUGCCCCGCCCUGGGGGCGAAGAGCUGCGGCUCCUCCUGUGCGGAUUCCUUUGUUUCUUCCUCUUCCUCUCAGCCUGUAUCUCUAUUUUCGACCUCACAAGUGCACGACCUGAUCUUCUGGCGAGAUGUGAAGAAGACGGGCUUUGUCUUCGGCACCACGCUCAUCAUGCUGCUCUCCCUGGCCGCCUUCAGCGUCAUCAGUGUGGUCUCUUACCUCAUCCUGGCUCUUCUGUCUGUCACCAUCAGCUUCAGGGUCUACAAGUCCGUCAUCCAAGCCGUGCAGAAGUCGGAAGAAGGCCACCCAUUCAAAGCCUACCUGGAUGUGGACAUCACGCUAUCCUCGGAAGCUUUCCACAACUACGUGAACGCCGCCAUGGUGCACAUCAACAGGGCCCUGAAGCUCAUCGUCCGGCUCUUCCUGGUGGAGGACCUCGUCGAUUCCUUGAAGCUGGCUGUCUUCAUGUGGCUGAUGACCUAUGUCGGCGCUGUUUUUAACGGAAUCACCCUUCUGAUUUUAGCCGAGCUCCUUGUGUUCAGCGUCCCGAUUGUGUAUGAGAAGUACAAGACCCAGAUCGACCACUACGUUGGCAUUGCCCGGGAGCAGACCAAGUCGAUUGUUGAAAAGAUCCAAGCAAAGCUCCCCGGAAUUGCCAAGAAAAAGGCGGAAUAAGCAGGUGGAAGCCAGAAACACAACAGUUACUAAACCCCACAUCAUAGUUGUAACGUCCUUCCUCGUGCCCCGAAGGCGCGUGCCCAGUGUCAGCUUGAGCCUGCACUCCAAGCUUUGUUUUCUCAUUUGGUGUUUUCUCCCUUCCUUCCCUUCCCUGUGCCCUUAGUAUCAAGCACAAGAAAUGUUGGACUGAAAGAACUGCUAUCUUAGAACUCAGAAGAAUAAAGGAAGAAUCAGAUUAGUAGGGUGGGUCAGUAACGUCCUGCUGGGCGAGCUCUUCCCUGCCCCAACACGGGCACGAUGGGCAGCAACGGCGAAGCAAGCGAGGUGCCCAGCCUCUUGGGUCCUUCUCUCCGGUUCUCAAGGACGAGGCCCACACAGCUUCCCAUUAGAGUUCUGUCCUUAUUUCUAAGUUCAGGAGUAAUGAUUAACUUAUCGAGAAGCUAAUUGGGGGCGGGAGAUCCCUCCCCUGGGCUCUCCUGGAGCCCUGGGACUCCUUCCCACCCUGCCUGGUCAGCAGCUAUUUCUAACAACCCCUUCCCCACUUCAUGAUACCUCCUUGAGCAGAGCAGGGGCUCAUGAGGAUUCCUGGUUCCCAGAGUGGAGGGAGCGGCCAGGCCCCGUCCCUGGAGGGCAGGAAGGGCCCCGGGCUGGGCUCUCGGACCGGUUCUGAGUGGAAGUUGGAGAACUCAUUCCUGGGCAUGCUUUCUUUCCUCCCCAUCCACCUGCCCUCCCUUUAAUAAAUAUGGUUGUACUUUUCUUAUUAUGAAAUAAAUGUCUGUAACUGCUGUAAACUUGUUAGAGAAAAAAAUAAGCUGCAUGUGGGCUCCCCACUUCCUGCGUCCCUGUGACCCUCAGUCCGUGGCGGGCAGUCUCCCAAGAAGACCCUCCGCUUGUCUUCCCCCAUCUCAGGCCGCGUCUGUAGAACUUGUCGAGUAGUUGGGCUCCCGCAGUCGAGCUGUGGUUCUGCUCGCGCGGCCACCCGUGAGCACCUGGCCGUGUUCCGUGGGCCACGGGUGGUGUCCAGUGCUUGGCGCCAGCCCACGGCGCCGUGUGGUUGGGGGGCACCGCCUCAUUUUCAGGCACGUAAGGUGUCUUAGCACCUCUGCCCUGGCCCAGGGUGCACGCAUAGGGAGUGUAUUCUACAAGUUUCAGGGCAGUGCGCUGAUGCCUGUGUACACAGGAGGGACAAGUUUCUUCCCUUCCCCACAAAAAUUGAAUGACCUUGAAAGAAAACCAUCUGUAAGUUCCUUCUGGCUUGUAAGACGUAAUCAUGGCCACACGGAGGGACCAACAACUUUCCUGAGGGCUACUGGCUGUGCUGGUGGCAGGGAACUGCCCACCUCUUUUGGGAAGUUAGUUAAAGGUGAGAGGGCCUCUGUGUUACUCCCUUUUCUUUGCUUAGCCCCACUGCCCUGCCAACUUCCAUCACAGUGGGAAAGGCGCUGUCCGCCCCCUCCCAGAAGUGACCCGCCCUUGUAUCCUUGGGCAUCCCUCCGGAGCCCCUGCCCUGGCAGCCCCACACCGGCUCUCUUCUGUUGCUGCUAUGUUGAGAUCAUUGGAGAGAUCAUUGUGUCACACAGGAUUUUUUUUUUUUUAAGGACAAACCUAUAGAUGAUACCAUGACUAAUGAAACCGUGCGUGUACGUGCAGUGUAAUAAUAAAGUAGCCCUCUGGCGCUCGACUCUGGUCCUGUACAACUGCAAACUGAUGUGGUAUUAAUAAAGACAAAACACACUGGC